UGGAUCCGAAGUUACUCCCUGACCGGCGGAAAUCCGGAGCGGACUGGAAGUAAUUCUUGGGGUCCGGCAGGCAUCCGGAAAGACUCCCGGGUAGCCGGAGUGGAUGCUGACUUAACCCUUGAGACCGGCGGAAAUCCGGAAUGACCGAAGCAGAUCCGGAGAGAAUCUGGAAUCCGGAGUAACUCCCGGGGAUCUGCCCUGACCCAGAGGGGGCGGAGUUGGACGAAGACUGUGUACAAUCUCCAUGGAGACGCGAAGUUGCGGCUGCUGAGAGUUUGUGUUGGAUUCCAGACGGGACACCGGCUUCGUGUCUGUUCCGUCACCGGCCUGUGAUUCCCUGCGUCGUCCGCUGCCCUCCACCUGUGUGUCCCACCCGGCAGGCUGCUGUCGUCUGUCUGUCUCACUCUGUCCCCCAGCCUGUUCCUCUGGGGGUUGUUCAGUCCACAGCUCCGAACGCCGACGCUCCGGCCAUGAGCACAGGCACCUGGGUGGGACCCUGGAGGCCGCACCGACCCAGAGGGCCGAUCGCAGCCUAUUACAGCAGCCCCGGACCCAAGUACAGGCUGCCGGGAUCCACGGGUUUCGAACAGCACGACACGACCAAGUUCCGAUCUCCAGCAUACAGUUUUGGCGUUCCUCAUGCCCACCUAACGGAGGACAGCUCCCCGGGGCCAGCGUACCUCAUCCCCUCCUUGCUCACCAGGAGGGGCAGGGACGGCACCCCCGCCUACUCCCUCUACAGCCGCCCCAAGGAGAUCCGCUCCUUCCAGACGCCGGGACCAGGAGCCUAUGCCCCCGAGAGCUCGGGGCGUUUGGCCUACUCUGCAGCCCCCGCAUUCUCCAUCGCCGGGAGAACCAGAGGCUUCAGGACUGACCAGUCACCGGGCCCUGCAGCUUACCUCCUGCCUUCUGUGCUGGGCCCACACAUUGUCACUAAAGCCUCUUCUGCCAACUUUUCUCUGAGUGGACGAAACAAGACCGGCAGCUUCCACGAAGACUUACAGAAGACCCCAGGACCAGGAGCAUACAGAGUCACGGACACCAGUGUGUACAAGCAGAAACCUCCCCAGUUCAGUAUCUUCGGUCGGAACCAGCUGCCCGGUGAUUCGACAAGAAAACCGGGACCUGGCAGUCACAGUCCGGAAAAGGUUGUAGUCAACCGCAACAUAGCUCCUGCUUUCUCCUUUGGUGUCAAACAUUCAGAAUAUGUGGCACCAGUAAUCGUUGAUGGUGUGUAAUGUCACCAGCUCAUAUUGAAGGAAACACUUCCAGCUACUCCGGACUCCUUCCCUUGGAAAUACUCUGAAUCAGUUUUGAAAUCAGUGCAUGUGUGAAGCCUGGCAGGUGGUCAAAAAAGCAGUCAGGCAUUGCACGGGAAUGAAUCACAGUACAAGUUCCUGAAGAGAUCAAAACUUUCACUCUAUUUUUGAUGGUUUUAGUUAAGGUCCAGCUUGGAUAAACAUCAUCAAAACAUCACUGGCUCAGAAACAAAGGUCGCAAGAGUGAAACGAACAGCAAUUAGAAAUCUCUUUUUAUCCAGUCCUUACAUACUGCAAUCAUCAAUACUUUACAUUUUGUACUGGUCACUUUGCAUGUUCGAAGUCUUAAUCUCAAAAAAUCUAGACUCCAACUGCAGUAGGUGGUCAUUCUUGGAUAAGAAUCAGUUUCAGGGCAACAUUCAAUGUUGGGUCAGGGUCUCUACGUCAGUUCCUCAGGGUCUGCACCUUCCAUUCCCCAUAGUCAGUUCCUCAGGGUUUCUACCUUCCAUUCCCCAUGGUCAGUUCCUCAGGGUUUCUACCUUCCAUUCCCCAUGGUCAGUUCCU